GCCUGUGGCCCGGGCGGCUGGGAGAAGCGGAGUGUUGGUGAGUGACGCGGCGGAGGUGUAGUUUGACGCGGUGUGUUACGUGGGGGAGAGAAUAAAACUCCAGCGAGAUCCGGGCCGCGAACGAAAGCAGUGACGGAGGAGCUUGUACCACCGGUAACUAAAUGACCAUGGAAUCUGGAGCAGAGAACCAGCAGAGUGGAGAUGCAGCUGUAACAGAAGCUGAAAGCCAGCAAAUGACAGUUCAAGCCCAGCCACAGAUUGCCACAUUAGCCCAGGUAUCUAUGCCAGCAGCUCACGCAACAUCAUCUGCUCCCACCGUAACUUUAGUACAGCUGCCCAAUGGGCAGACAGUUCAAGUCCAUGGAGUUAUUCAGGCGGCCCAGCCAUCAGUUAUUCAGUCUCCACAAGUCCAGACAGUUCAGUCUUCCUGUAAGGACUUAAAAAGACUUUUCUCCGGAACUCAGAUUUCAACUAUUGCAGAAAGUGAAGAUUCACAGGAGUCAGUGGAUAGUGUAACCGAUUCCCAGAAACGAAGAGAGAUUCUUUCAAGGAGGCCUUCCUACAGGAAAAUUCUGAAUGACUUAUCUUCUGAUGCACCAGGAGUGCCAAGGAUUGAAGAAGAGAAAUCUGAAGAGGAGACUUCAGCACCUGCCAUCACCACUGUCACGGUGCCAACUCCGAUCUAUCAGACUAGCAGUGGACAGUAUAUUGCCAUUACCCAAGGAGGAGCAAUACAGCUGGCUAACAAUGGUACUGAUGGGGUACAGGGCCUGCAGACAUUAACCAUGACCAAUGCAGCUGCCACUCAGCCAGGCACUACCAUCCUGCAGUAUGCCCAGACCACUGAUGGACAGCAGAUCCUAGUGCCCAGCAACCAAGUUGUCGUUCAAGCUGCCUCUGGAGAUGUACAGACAUACCAGAUUCGCACAGCGCCCACUAGCACCAUUGCCCCUGGGGUUGUUAUGGCGUCUUCCCCUGCACUUCCUGCACAGCCUGCUGAAGAAGCGGCGCGAAAGAGAGAGGUUCGCCUCAUGAAGAACAGGGAAGCAGCACGAGAGUGUCGUAGAAAGAAGAAAGAAUAUGUGAAAUGUCUAGAAAACAGAGUGGCAGUGCUUGAAAAUCAAAACAAGACACUGAUUGAGGAGCUAAAAGCACUUAAGGACCUUUACUGCCACAAGUCAGAUUAAUUUGGGAUUUAAAUUUUCACCUAUGAUGGUGGGAAAAGGACUGGCUUGGCCACAACCAGAAAGACGAAAUAAACAUUUUAUUUUCUAAACAUUUCUUUUUUUCUAUGCGCAAAACUGCCUGAAAGCAACUACAGAAUUUCAUUCAUUUGUGCUUUUGCAUUAAACUGUGAAUGCUCCAACACCUGCCUCCACUUCUCCCCUCAAGAAAUUUUCAGCACCAGGA